AGAGUGAGCAUGAGGGCCCCAAUAAAGAAAUCUCGGAAGAAGGUGGUAAAUUUAGAAGACGUAAUCAGGACGAAGCCCUUUCCACAUAUCCCCACGGUAUCAUCCUUAUAUACAGGUAUUCCAGAUGAUCCAUCUCCUCCUGAAGAGCCUGAUGUACUUCCUACAGUGCCCGAAGUUCCUGAGGAGCCUGAAGAGGACGAGGAGGACGAGGAGGAGGACGAGGACGAGGAAGACCCUACCUGCUGUCAAACAUUUCGCAUGAGAAGCAAGCAGGCACGUUGUACCUGCGAGAAGGAGCGAAGACUAUAGAAGUUACUGAAAUCUCAGGUUGCAGUACUUGCUGUAAUUUUCAUCUUGUUUCUGAUAGGGUACUUAUUGCGGCGGUACGUCGGCUCCUAGGUCUAAUAACCUCUUAAGCCUGCUUCUGCGGCUACAACUCAACAUCGAACUUCAU